UGGUUAAGGAGAGUACAUAAUUAUGUAUGUCAUUUCAGAAGCUAUGAAUUACUCCCUAUCUCACUAACAUGAUUCAUUCUUUUAAAAUGCAUGCUAAUUAUGUGGCGCAAUGUUGAUGUGUUAGCAAGGUUUUGCAUGGAAUAUCACCAUAAAUUCUGUGGACUUGCUAUUGAUUCUCGCUACUCUUUUCCUUUUCAUAUAUAUAUAUAUCACUUAAAUAAUGACCUACGACAAAUCAAAUCUUAUUGUCACCCGGAAAAGUUUUUACAUAAGCAAAAUACAGUGUACGUAAAUAAGACAAGCAUAGCACUAAAUACUAUAACAAUCAGCUAAAUAGAAUGUACCAUAACAUUUAUAUACGUUUAUAUAUUUAGUGCUAACCCCUUUCUUGUACACAAUUUAUUCCUGAGGAAGGGUCAUGGCGUCCGCAAGAAUUCCAAGUACUAACGAUUUCAUUUUAAUAUUAAAGUUAAAAAUCAAAGGGGAAUUAUAUUAGGGGAAAACAGUGGUCCUUAAAUGUUUAUAAUGUAUAUAAUCUGAUCAUAUAUAAAUGCACAACAAUAGUUUCAUUUAUGAAAUGCAUGAAAAAUGCACAAUAGGAGACAUGUAUGUGUAAUACUAUUUCUUAUUAGAAGGAAUCGUGUUGUAUGUUUGAUAUUUUCAAAAUGAUUCAAGCAGUUAUAUUUAGCAAAACAUUUCUGUUGACGUAUUUCAGGUAUAAAUCGACACCUGGGGUUUUCCGUGUUUGUUUUCAAUGAUUCGUCUUUUGUACCACCCUGCCCACUUGGGCGCCAUAUAUUUACCCAUAAUGGCUCGACAUGUCUUCAACAAGGAAUGACUAUUACUGUGAAUAAAGUGACUCAUGGAAUAGCUUUAUAUAACUCAAGAAAUAAUCUGCCGCAAGCAAGCUGUGAGGGAUAUGACCCUUCAAUAACUACUAUUGAAAUUUGUGAAGUGAUGGUUAUGGGUUGUCAAUCGCAACGUUAUGGAGAAAAGUGUUCACUAUGUGAUAAAAGGUGCUUGAACAAACAGUGUGAUGUUUUUAAUGGGUCAUGCAUAUAUGGAUGUGAAAACUCUCUUAUGGAAGCUCCAGACUGUUCUAAUUGUAAAAGCGGAUUUUAUGGACGAAAUUGUAAGAAGCGAUGUGGCCAUUGUAAAUUCGGAACUCACUGUAACGACAUCACGGGAAUCUGCCCUGAGGGAUGUCAGGAUACCUGGGAGGGACCACCCUGUUCUGAUGCUGGAUUAUCCAAGCGUGUAUUGGUGAUCAUUUCUAUCAUAUCAACGCUUGUUAUUGUAAUGAUCAUAUGGGGAGGCCGUAGACUGAUGUGCAGAAGAAAACGAAAAUCACAAAUUACACACUCUGUUGGUACAGGAGCUCAAACACCUGGGGACGAUAAUUAUGAUCUACAUGUAAUAGACGUACCAGGUGACGAUCACAUUUACAGUAGCAUUGUCUCGUCACUCUACGAUAGGGUGUCUAUUGCAAACGACGAUGAAGUAAAUAACUCAUCGUUGAAUACUGUUAUGGUUAUUUCAAAUGUCAAUGAGGAAUACAGUCAGAUUCAUCCUUCGGUAAAUGAGGAUUCAUGUAUGGAACAGCAAUCGUGUUAACAGUAAAACUAUAUCAUCAUGCAAGAACGGUAUGGUUUUGGAGGUUAACCACGAACUGUGUGUACACCAAGCAUUUCAAUGGUAUAUUUAUAAUUCAGGCAUCCAUGCCCACAAUAUUUUUGAAUAGGCUCAUUGUGUAAAUAAAGACAUGUUUGACAAUCUCA